CAUAGACCAGUGCUUAGAAGAAAUGACGCUUGGAUUAAAGGAUGAGUGUCCCCAUCGUAAGACUAUAUUUAGGUGGUACAGAGAAUUCCAAAGGGGCAAUUUCACUCUGGAAGAUGCUGAGAGGAAAGGAAGACCGAAGGCCGUGAACGUCAGUAACAGAGGAAAGCAUUACUGUUGUGAGGAAAAUGCUUAA